GUUGAACUCACCAGGGAAGUAGAGGGGAAUGAGAGACAGAGGGGGAGAGAGACACACAGAGAAAGAGAGAGGGGUACCGGACUGAAAACAGAUCAGCUUGAAGAUCUCACAAUCACACGUCUAAAUAGCAAUCGACACUCAAAAUCGUCUUUGUCCUUUUUAUCCAUAUUUUAUGGUCUGUAGAAGUAUAACCGGCGAGGUUUUUGUCGAGGAUGAAAGCGGUUAGAAAACUUUGUUAAUUCGGGAUGAUGGAUUGUAAAAGUUAGCGCGAGACGCAUUAGACGCUGUUGUGAACUCUAUGAAUGAUCUCCUAGAAAUCACGAAGUUGGUUCGAACUUUUAAAAGUAUAUCCCUAACCGUCUUUUUUUCGUUAUAUUUAGUUUUGAUUCAAAAGUAGAUGGAUUUUCUCAUCACGUUCCAGGGGACAUGCUUCUUGUUGCUUUUUGACCGAGAAAACAUCCCGUAAAUAAAGAGUUUGAGUUCGCCAGAAGAAUCCAGAGUAAAAGAUUCAUUGGACGGAAUUGAGAGCCAUCGAAGUCAGAUUACUGCCGGGACAAAUCUUCUAAGAGGUCUUCUCUCCCCCAGUCAUCGCCGGUCACCAUGGAGACGUCCACCCCGACUGCCACAGAGAAGAAGGAGUGCAAGAUGUCCGGCUCAGAAGGACCCAGCUUCUCCGACCUCCCCAAGAAGCCGUCGCCGUCCGCAGUGGCACGAGCCCCUCACCACAUAUUCCCGACCUUCCACACGCCGAUCCCCAUCGACGUGCGUCACCACGAGGGGCGGUACCACUACGAGCCGCACGCCCUCCACGCCAUGCACGGACCUCCGGGGUUGGGCGGCAGCCCCGUCAUCUCGGACAUUUCGCUCAUCCGGCUGUCGCCGCACGCCGCGGGCACCGGGGAGUCCCCGUUCAGCCCCCCCCACCCCUACGUGAGCCCCCACAUGGAGCAGUACCUCCGGUCCGUCCACAGCAGCCCCACCCUCUCCAUGAUCUCUGCAGCCCGGGGCUUGAGCCCCGCUGACCUUACCCACGAGCACUUGAAGGAGCGCGGGCUCUUCGGCCUGCCCCCGCCCCCUCCGGGCUCCAACUCGGCCGAGUACUACCACCUGAUGACCAGCCACCGCAACCCGUACGGAGACCUGCUCAUGCAGACCGGGGCCGCCGCCGCCGCCGCCGCCCACCUCCCCGACUACAUCAGCCCCGUGGACGUGUCGCGGUUCCCCAGCCCCAGGCUCACCCCCAGGCUGAGUCGGAAGCGGGCCCUGUCCAUCUCGCCGCUGUCCGACGCCAGCAUCGACCUGCAGACCAUGAUCCGCACCUCGCCCAACUCCCUGGUGGCCUACAUCAACAACUCCCGCGGCAGCUCCGCCGCCAGCAGCUCCUACGGACACCUGUCUGUGGGGGGCAUCAGCCCCUCCUUCACAUUUCCCCACCCCAUCAACCCCAUGGCCUACCAGCAGAUCCUGUCCCAGCAGAGGGGCCUGAGCGCUUUCGGGCACACGCCCCCGCUCAUCCAGCCCUCGCCCGCGUUCUCCGCCCGCUCGCACCCGCUGGGCCUCACCGCCAUGCCCGCCGCCGCCCAGAACAACCACGCCGAGUCGCACCAGAACGCCGGAGGAGACUCGGCCGUCAGCAGCACCGUCAACCCCAUGAUCACCAAGAGGUCGAAGGUCAAGACGGAGGGGGACUGCCCGCGGCCUGCUUCCCCGUGCUCACAGGCGCAUCUGAGCGGGACUCUGGAUCUGAAGGAGGACCUGGACAAAGACGAUGGCAAACAGGAGCCUGAGGUGGUGUACGAGACCAACUGCCACUGGGAGGGCUGCUCCAAGGAGUACGACACCCAGGACCAGCUGGUGCACCACAUCAAUAACGAGCACAUCCACGGGGAGAAGAAGGAGUUUGUGUGCCGCUGGGAGGAGUGCUCGCGGGAGCAGAAGCCCUUCAAGGCGCAGUACAUGCUGGUGGUGCACAUGCGCAGACACACCGGGGAGAAGCCGCACAAGUGCACCUUCGAAGGCUGCUCCAAGGCCUACUCUCGCCUGGAGAACCUGAAGACCCACCUGAGGUCCCACACGGGCGAGAAGCCCUACGUGUGCGAGCACGAGGGGUGCAACAAGGCCUUCUCCAACGCCUCGGACCGGGCCAAGCACCAGAACCGCACCCACUCCAACGAGAAGCCGUACGUGUGCAAGAUCCCCGGCUGCACCAAGCGCUACACGGACCCCAGCUCCCUCCGGAAGCACGUGAAGACCGUCCACGGCCCCGAGGCCCACGUCACCAAGAAGCAGCGGAACGACGGGCCCCCCAGGCCGCAGCCCCCCAGGGAGAACGGCGAGAACGAGGCCAGCGCCAAGCUGGGCGCCAGGGUCUCCGAGGACCGGCUGGAGGCCAACGCUGCCCUCCGGGGCGCGGAGGACUGUCUGCAGGUCAAGUCCAUAAAGACGGAGAACUCUGUGAUGUAUCAGUCCAGCCCGGGGGGGCAGUCCUCCUGCAGCAGCGAGCCGUCUCCGCUCGGCAGCGCCGCCAACAACGACAGUGGAGUAGAGCUGACCACGCACAGCGGGGGGAGCCUGGGAGACCUGACCGCGCUGGACGACGCCCCCGUGGUGGACUCCACCGUCUCCUCGGGCACCGGAGCCGCGGCGGUCGGCCUGCAGCUGCACAAGAGCGCCGGCGCCCCCUACAGGCUGGAGCACCUCAAGAGGGAGAAGCUGAAAACAGUGAGGGACUCCUGCUCCUGGGCCAACCAGACAACUCAGGCCCGGAACCCCUCGCUGCCCCCCAUCCCAGCCACAGGUUCCUUAUUGGAGAAUUCAGGUUUUGGGGCCCCCCUCACAGCGUUCCCCUGCCCUCGCGUGGGCGAGCUGACCCCCCCGGAGGUGACGGUGCUGAACCAGCUGAACGAGCGGCGGGACAGCGGCACCAGCAUGAUGAGCUCGGCGUACACGCUGAGCCGCCGGUCCUCGGGCAUCUCGCCCUGCUACUCCAGCCGCCGGUCCAGCGAGGCCUCGCAGUUCGGUCGCCCCAGCAACGUCAGCUCGGCCGACUCGUACGACCCCAUCUCGGCCGACCUGUCGCGGCGCUCCAGCGAGGCGUCGCAGUGCGGGGGCGGCGCGUGGGGGGCCCCGGGCCUCCUCAGCCUCACUCCCGCCCAGCACUACCGCCUCAAAGCCAAGUACGCCGCCGCCACCGGCGGGGCCCCGCCCACGCCCCUGCCCAACAUGGACCGCAUGAGCCUGGGGGCGCACGCGGGCGCGUCCGGGGACUCCCCGGCCCGCCACUUCUACGGAGCCGCCGCCGCCGCCCCCCGCCGCUGCAGCGACCUGGGGUACGGCGCGCCCGGGCUGAUGCCCCACGAGGUGCCCGCCAGCGUCCCCCGUCGCGCCAGCGACCCCGUCCGCCGGCUGGCCUCCGACCUGCCGCCCCUGCCCCGGGUCCAGCGUUUCGGCAGCAUGAGCAGCGUGAACCCCGCCCUUCCGCCGGACCGCCGCGCCCUCCUGGCCCCGCAGGGCUACGCCCGCUCCGACGGCAGCCUGCACCGCCACCCCUUCGCGCCCCGCCCGCCCAGCAUCUCCGAGAACGUCGCCAUGGAGACCAUGGCGGUGGACGGGGACGCCCAGGGCGGCGAGGACGACCUGGUGCUGCCGGACGACGUGGUGCAGUACCUGCGGUCCCAGAGCGGCGGGGCGGCCCAGGACGCGGGCGCGCCGGCGUACGCUAGCCAGCCGCACGGUUUCCGGGGCAACGCCGGCCCCCAGCAGCCGCAGUUCUACGGCCAGCGGAGGAUGGCCCUGGCGGACGUGGGCGCGGCCCCCGCGGGCCCCGCCCUGCCGGCCUGCCAGCUGAGCCCCGCCUCCCGGCAGCACUUCCCGGCCGGGCCCGGGCCGAGCAGGACCAGCAUGCCGGUGCAGUGGAACGAGGUGAGCUCGGGUUCGGUGGAGACCCCGCAUGGCCAGGCCAAGCAGCCCUUCCCCCGGGGAAACCUGGCCCUCGUCCAGCAGAAGCACAACUUCGGGCCCUUCCAGGGCGUGGGCCCCAACCAGCAGGUGGCGCAGAUGAGCCAGAACCUGGCUCACGUGGCCCAGCAGAGCCGGACCGCGGGCCUGGCGCCCCAGAGGAUGAGCUGCGCCCAGCCCUGCCAGAACCCCGCCAUCCAGGCGGGCCACGCCCAGAGCACCGGCCCCGGCCCUCGACCCUUCUGCUCCGGCCCGGCGGACGGCUCCUCGGGCAUGCUGGGGGCCAACGGCAGGGGGGCGGUCCAAACGCCCGAGACGCAGAACUACCGGUCCAGGACCCACCCCCAGGCGGGGGGCAAUCAGAACCACGGGAUCUCUUUCGAGAGUUACUCCCAAAUGAACGCCAGCCAGCAAGGCCAAGCCAUGCCGUCCCAGAGGCCCGUCCAGAACGGGUACCAAGGGCUGAUACAGCCCAGGCCCCCCACAGAGCCCAAAUCCCUGAGCAGGCAGCAUUCGGGGGCCUUGCACCCCCCGGCCUUCCCCCAGUCAGACUUCAGUCCGGGCUACGGCACCUCGGAAGCCAGCCCCAAGCGCCCCAGCGGCUCCGGCUGCCGGGACGACGACGCCAUGUUCUACACGGGGCAGAUCCACAUGUUCCAACCCGGCGGCGGCUUUGACCCGCAGGCGCCCCGGGACGCCCCCGCGGCGCUGCAGUGCCCCGCGGAAGGGGCGACGCCGGCGGCGGUGGCGGUGGCCGUGGCGUCCCCGGGGGCGGGGCAGGUCUCCAGCACCGUGGACUCCUCCCAGCGCCUGGAGCACGCGCAGAUCGACUUCGACGCCAUGCUGGACGACGGCGACCACUCCAGCCUCAUGUCGGGGACGCUCAGCCCCAGCGUCCUCCAGAGCCUGUCCCAGAACUCCUCCCGGCUCACCACGCCCCGCAACUCGGUGACGCUGCUGCCGCCGGUGCCGGCCGGGAUGGGCAACAUGGCCAUCGGGGACAUGAGCUCCAUGCUAACGGCUCUGGCGGAAGAGAGCAGGUUUCUCAACUUGAUGUCUUAAACCCGGGUCAUACCAAGCCAUUUCCACACAGGCCUGGGUCACUGGCAGCUGAACUCACCCCGCCGUUUCUGCCACGCCCGUUCCAGUUCCGGGUCAUCAGUCACACACUCGGAUUCAUCGCACAGAGCUCGCGUCACGCCGCUGUUUCGGUUUAUUCGUCCAAUCGCAGCGCAGACACGAUUUGUGACUCACUGAGCAGCUCCUCGUGUUCCCGCUGAUUUCACUCACCAGUUUGGGUUUAAGAUCUGACGAACCCGCCACGCUUAUGCCUGUUGUUUACUCACGCGUGUCACAUGAAACAAAAGGGCGCGGUGUCUCACUUGGGUCAGGAAAAUGCAUCUUUCGUCAUUUUAACUGGAUUUCAAUUGCCCGUGAGUCAGAUCAUGUAACGGUGCAAAUGCAUGUGAUGACUCUGCGCACUGUCUGUGUGUGUGUGUGUGUGAGUGUGUGUGUGUGUGUGUGUCACAUGCAGAAAUGGCAUAAUGGAACGCAGGCUUUAGGGACCGUGGAGUCCUACGAUAAAAUGGAGAGCGGCAGGACAAGAAAUAUUCAGUCCGUGCUCUCUCCGUCUCUCACUCUGUCUCUCUCUCAGUCUGUCUCUCCGUCUCUCUGUCCCUCUCUCUCUAAUGAGGAAGAACACAGGAUUUUUUUCUGCAAACAGAAAAAAGCACUGACCUCAGCCAGGAUUAUAGGGACUCUGACAGUUCAAGAGAAACUGGUCAGAAGCUACAUGCUGAAGCACACAAUAUGUAUAUUACUGUGUACAAACAAUAUUAUUAGGCAAGAGAUUGAGUAGGCCAUUUUCUUUCUGUUAAAACAAGCCAUACUUGCAGUGAAAGGUUAGAGCAGGGUAUGAACAACAGGCCACUGUUGAGUGUGUGGAGUUGCCCUUUAGAGACAGUGUACUGAACCAAGUUUACUAAGUGCCUUGAGAUACUGAAUAAUACCAUAAAAACGCAAACACUUCAAGCAGACAUGUAACAUAUAUAAACCCAGGUAAAAGAUAAAAUAUAUACAGAUAUUUAGAAAACUUUCCAUUCUUUAUUAACUUCCUGUUUAAUAAUAUACAUGGUAUGUGCUGUCAAUUAUGUUUAUGACUUGAUUACAGUGGGUUUUCUUUUUUUUUUUUUUGCAAAGUUGCUCAUAUGCAGCCUUCACCAGGGCAAAAGGGCACGUAGGUACAACCAGUGGAACUGCACUGCACUACAGAGCCCUGGAGAAUCCAACGCACUGCACUGCAGCGCGGCGAGACACAUCAGCUGGGCCUGUCUGUCAGAUAAUAUUUUACGACCGAGAUGACUGAAGAGAUCAGCCACACGUCUCAGUGCCAGCCUGGCAAUUCAAACAGGAACUGCAACUGGAAGCCCUGUGCCCCUACACAGAUUGUGUUCAAAGGAAUAUGCAAGGACUCAAAACGCGCUCUGUGAAGACUGAAAGCCAAUUACACGAGUGGAUGAGGAACCUAGAAGGCUUAAAAAAUAUUCUGCCCUUCAAAAGACUGGCAACCAGAGGAACUUUUCAAUGACAGUGUAACGAUAACAGACUCUUUUCCUUUGUUCGUUGGAAUUAAAGCUGUCUUUUGUACCUGCUACCAUUGCACCUCUGCUGUGCUGGGUGUGUAUAUAGCUUUUGUACAUUUUAUAAAAUACAGUAUGGUUUUUUGUUA